CCCAAUGACCCGGUGACCAACAUCUGCCAGGCGGCCGACAAGCAGCUCUUCACCCUCGUCGAGUGGGCCAAGAGGGUCCCCCACUUCUCGGGGCUCCCCUUGGACGACCAGGUCAUCCUGCUCCGGGCAGGUCAGGAGGAAUUCCGGGAAUUUCGGGGACACGGGCUCCUGGCCCAGCAGUUUUGGGGGGUCACCGGACGCCUCCAGGCCGCCCAAGCUCGGUACCGCCAGCGCAGCCUCGACCGGAUCCGGCGCCAGCUCCACAUCGCCGGGAGCCCCCCGCUGUCGGAGGAGGAGCUGGAGCUGAUGCUGGAGUCGGGCCAGAGCGAAAUCUUCGUCAGCAACGUUUUGGGCUCGGCUCGCGCCGCCCGGGCGGCUCUGGACGAGGUCGGGGAGCGGCACCGGGAGCUGCAGAGGCUGGAGCGGGGCCUGAGGGAACUGGGGGAGCUCUUCCAGCUCCUGGGGGGCACCGUGGAGGCCCAGGGGGAGCUCAUUGACCGCAUCGAGCGCCACGUGCAGGACUCAGGGGCGCGGCUGGAAAAGGGGCGGGGCCACCUCAGACAGGCGGGGCGGAGCCAGCGGGGGGCGCGCAAG